GGAAAUUAAAAAUUUUGUAUAAUUCUAGUAGCUAUUAUAUUACAAAAAAAAUAAUAAUUAUAAAAGUGGAAUUUUUUAGAGAUUAGAUAAAUUAUUUCAUUUCAAAGGGAUUCAGAAGUAAUCUUGUUCCAGUAUCAUUAUAAAAUGGAAUAAUGUAAUCAUUUAUACCUAAAGCGCGAAAAAUGGACACUUAAAGAGCCAGAUACAAUUGCCAUGGUAGAUUUUAACGACUAAUUUAAGGAGACUUAACGACCCCGCCUUAAACUGCUCGCUAAAUGGUCCAGGAGAACGUUCUAACCACCAUUACUUGUCAUUAUAUCAUUCACCAGUUUCAGUCACUUAUCGUCUCUGUCCGAGGGAACCAGCUCGACCAAUUCACUUACGUUAUACAACGUAAUUUGCGAACUAUAACGGAACAUCGACUAUGAAUAUGUCGUUUGUCAUACCGUUGAUCGGAUUUCUGUGUCUCCUUGACCUCUCAGUUUCCACGAAUCAUAGUAUCAAACGGACCAAAAGGGAAUUCGAGACCAAAUACUUGGUAUUCCCUGAAGGGAGCAAUAUUCAACUGGUGUACUGUAUGACCAUAGGCACCUACGUGAAGCCUAGUGGUUUGCUCAGUUUGGGAGUGACAGCGGGUCAGGCAUGGCAGUUGCCUUCGAAGAGCCUGCUGUCAAACAAGUUCAGGGAUUAUCAUCGUCGAAGCAGAAGAGAGUUGUAUCGCAAAGUGGAGCUUCUGUUGGGAAGUCAGGGCAACGACGGAAGGUCCUGCGUCCUUAAGGCGAUCUGCGAUGCCUCCGCAAGAAGUCGACAGGAUAUUGGCAAGGGAUCCUUCCUUCAGGAGAUUCUGCACGCAGUAUUCACGGUGCCAGAUGGAUUCAGCGAUACAGAAUCAAUGACCGACUACGACAGAGCCUACCUUUGGAGGGAGAAGUGCCAGGAAGUGCUGGACAAGUGUCCAAACGUGUUCUGAACAGACAGAGAAUCCUUCUUCUUCAUUUUCUAAGUGACCACCCGAUCCUCGACCGUUUAGGAGGCUCCUCGAAAGCACUCGAGUUACGUCUGCCAUCGAGGUGGCAGGGAAAUCGUCUCUAAUUAAUGUGCUUCAUUUACUUACUGCUUUACAUUAACAUCUUGAUGGUCAGUGUGAUGAAUUUCAGGUGAUUUUCAUACAGUUUUUCAGACUGAACAAACUGUUCUUGGACAGCGGACCAUGGAGAGAGCCCGAAUUUUAAUUUAAUCCUUUAUCCAAUUAUUAAAUAUUUUUGUUUUUAAAUUCGAGUUUCAAUUGAGCCAAG